CUCGCGCCCCUCGCCCUUCGCCCGCCGCCCACCAUGUCCGCCGCCGCCGCCGUCGCGCUCCUCCUCGCGCUCUGCAGCCAGCUCGCCUCCGGCCAGGACUGCAGCGCGCAGUGCGCCCAAUGCGCGUCCGACCCUGCGCCGCGCUGCCCGCUCGGCGUGAGCCUCGUGCUCGACGGCUGCGGCUGCUGCCGCGUCUGCGCCAAGCAGCUGGGCGAGCUGUGCACGCAGCUCCACCCCUGCGACCCGCACAAGGGCCUCUCCUGCGACUUCGGCUCCGCGUCCAGCCGCAACAUCGGCGUAUGCACCGCCCAAGGGGGCGCCCCCUGCGUGUUCGGCGGGAAGGUGUACCGCAGCGGAGACACCUUCGACAGCAGCUGCAAGUACCAGUGCACGUGCCUGGACGGGGCGGUGGGCUGCGUGCCCCUGUGCAGCAUGGAUGUGCGCCUGCCCAGCCCCGACUGCCCCUUCCCCAGAAGGGUCAAGCUGCCCGGCAAGUGCUGCGAGGAGUGGGUGUGCGACCAGCCCAAGGACAGCACCGCGGUGGGCCCUGCCCUGGCCGCCUACCGCCUGGAAGACACAUUUGGCCCAGACCCAACGAUGAUGCGAGCCAACUGCCUGGUCCAGACCACAGAGUGGAGCGCCUGUUCCAAGACCUGCGGAAUGGGCCUCUCCACCCGGGUCACCAAUGACAACGCCUACUGCAGGCUGGAGAAGCAGAGCCGCCUGUGCAUGGUCAGGCCCUGCGAAGCCGACCUGGAGGAGAACAUUAAGAAGGGCAAAAAGUGCAUCCGUACCCCAAAAAUCUCCAAGCCUGUCAAGUUUGAGCUGUCCGGCUGCACCAGCGUAAAGACAUACCGGGCUAAGUUCUGCGGAGUGUGCACAGACGGCAGGUGCUGCACCCCACACAGAACCACCACCCUGCCCGUGGAGUUCAAGUGUCCGGAUGGUGACAUCAUGAAGAAGAGCAUGAUGUUCAUCAAGACCUGCGCCUGCCACUACAACUGUCCUGGAGACAACGACAUCUUUGAGUCCCUGUACUACAAGAAGAUGUAUGGAGACAUGGCCUAAAGCCAGAGAGUGAGAGACAGUAACUCCAUUAACUCGUUAGUCUGUAACUUGAACUCAUUCACAUCUCAUUUUUAUGUAAAAAUGCAUUCAGUAGCACAUGUUAAUUUAAACGUGUUUUCUAGCUGGGGGGCUGAGAAGAUUCCCCCCUAAUUCAAAACAUUGUGCCAUGUCUUACAAAUAGUCUACCAACCCCAGACACUGGUUUGAAGAAAGUUAAGACUUGACAGUGGGACUACAUUAGUGCAUAGUGCCAGAAUGUAUACCAAGGUGUGGCCGGAGGAGCAGUGUGGACACCUGUAGAAAGGCUGGUGCCACCGAGGUCAUCUUAAAGCAGUAAUGCACCUGCUCUUUGGAGUGUGCUUGGGAAGAAAAAGGUUGGCUUCAGCAGUAGCGAGGUGUGCAUUCUCCAGCCAUCCUGAGGCUGAGUCGAGCUGUUCUUGAAGUCAGGACAGCACAUUCAGCUGUGACGUUCUGAUUCCAAUGACAGUAUUCAGGAAUCAGAAUCCUGUCUAUUAGACUGGACAGCUUGUGGCAAGUUAAUUUGCCUGUAACAAGCCAGAAUUUUUUAUUAAUAUUGUAAAUAUUGUGAAGAUAUAUAUAUAUUUGUACAGUUAUCUAAGUUAAUUUAAAUUUGUUUGUGCCUUUUUUGUUUCUGUUUUUAAUGCUUAGAUAUUUCAAAUGUUAGCCUCUGAAUACCAUAGGUAGGACAGAAAGCUUGUCUGAUAAUUCAGAGCCUGAAGUGAACACUCGAUGGAUAUCGUAAUCAGCGAGACCGUCCAUCCAAAGAGACGGCUUGCUGAAGGUGAGGCCACAGAGUCCCUGGAUGCAGGGAAUGUGGCAGCCUCACUUUGCGUGAAUAAAGGUCCUUUAUUCCGAAAUGACUAGUUCUACACAGCUGGUCAGUCUUCCACCUGGAAGCAUCUGUUUGUACUUUGACUAUGACUGUUUUUCGGACAGUUUAUUUGUGGAGAGUAUGACCAAAAGUUACAUGUUUGCACCUUUCUAGUUGAAAUAAAGUAUAUAUUUUUUCUAUAAA